AUGUAUCGCGAGAAUCAUCCUGGUCCUCUCUCCCUCCCCGCCAUGUGGAGUUCCCCCAGCGACGAGGCAAUCCCUCUGCCAAAGCAAUCCCACCACGAUAACCAUCGAUCCCGCCAAGCAAGCACAUGCUCUGAACGCAGCUGCGAAGGCAUGAGCCUUGAUGAGACGAGAGAGCUGUGGAGAUGUAUGCUUGAGCUGCAACUUCGAUAUGGAUGCUAUAACUCCACGAGGAUCGAUAUGGCUGUUGAUGCUGGAGAAUGCGGCAUUGACUUGAUGCCGAACCGCUUCAUUAUCGACACGCUCAAUGAAUCUGUUAUCGAUCUUCCUGAUGAGGGUCGAGAGCUCCUGAACCGUUAUCUAUGUCCAUCGUCGCCGACGAAGCAAAAGUGGAAGUUCUGGAAGAAGGACUGA